AUGCAGCAGGCAAAUGGCCCUGAUGGAAUGAGCUCGUUGCACUCCCAAAGCUUCAGCACCUUUAGCCGCUCUGGUGGUUGGAAGGCCACCUUUGAUGCGAUUCGCAACCAUCAGAACCAGAUCCGGAUGGGACUUUCCACGAAGUUGAAUUUAGACAUCACUGAACAGCUUAGCUUUGACUCACUGGGGGCUACGAGUAACCCAGUUGUUCAUGAAAUUCGUUGGUACGACAUGCACUGGAAUCUAGCUCACCAUCUUUCUCGUUCAGGAGAAUUGGAUGCAUCCUUGAGAGAGGAACUUACCAUGAUGACACCGAGGGAUAGAGAUGGAGAGGAGCUCCUCGAGGCAGCUAUUCAGCACAGAUCAACAGUCCUUCCAACAUCUGGCGCCAAUCCGGGUCUUAAAAAAGGAGAACAGUGGGUGUUUGGAGGACAGAAGGGACGUAUCAAUAGUGAUACGCCGCUUCUCAAGCUGUGCUCUGGAGGAUGA